AUGACUAGAGAUUUUGUGAAGAUUUCUUAAGUAAUACAGCUAAAAGAUUAUUGUAAAUUGAAUAGUGUAGCUGAUGUAUCAGGUGCUUGCUAAAUUAGAACAUGUUAUGAUAACGAGCCUGCUUAAUCUGAUUGUGAUUGCUAAGCUUGAACGAAAGGAUAUGUGACCAGAAGUAACGGAUGCAUUACAAGAGACUAUAGAGGAACUAAAUCAUAACAUGAAGCCUUUAAAUAAUUUUUUUCACUAAACUAGAUGUUGAUAUUUAUAUUUAGAUUACACUUUAUUAAAUUUACUGCGCAUUCUAUGUUCUGGAGAUGCUACUAAUACUGAGAUAAGUAAAUGCAAAGAUAGAAAAUGUUCAGACAAUACCAUCACCAUUUCAAAUGAUGAAUGCUAAGUUUAUUUGAAUGAUUGUGUAAUUAAAGGAAUUGUAUGUGUUGAAAAUAAAACGCUGAUAGUUCAGCAUACAAAGGAACAAGUGGAGUAUAUUAUUACUACAAUAUCAGUAAUAUUACAGAAACAUCUUCUUGUUAAUAGAAGAAAUAAUCAGAUAUUACAGGUACCGAUGAUAACAUAUGCAGUGAUGGAAUGAAAGGAACAUAUAACAAAGAUGAUACAUAUUCUUUUUCAAAUAUAUUGCAAAUAACUGGGCAUGCAAGGCAACCAUUGUUGGAAGUUGUGCCUAAAGAGUUUGUAUAGUAGCUCCAAAUACCGAUAAAAAUGACAAGGAAUGCUAAGAUUUAUUUUAAUACUGGUAAGUGAAACAUAUCAAUCUAUUUGAGGUUAUCAUUAAUAAUAUAUGAAGUUCAAGACAAAAAGUAUUCAGAAACAGGUAAUGUAUGAUCAACAAUGUGAGAUCUAUCUGCAACUAAACACUCAUAAAUAAUUCAAUUAUUCUUACAUAAUUACUAGAUAAAGCAGAUUUUUCAGCUUUAUUAGAGUUUCAAGCAUUCAUACCAUUGAUUACAGAAAUAUGCUAAAAUUGUAACUUGACUGUGCUUAUUGA